GAAGCAUAAAAGCAGCAUUUCCUCUUGCUGUUUUGGCAGGCGAGCACUUGGCAGGCCUUCCUCGAAAGGGAGUGAAUUUCCUGCCUCCGUGGGUCAUCAAGGCUGAGUCGAGCCAGCGAGCCACAGUCAGGCGGAGGGAGCUCGGAGAAGACACACAGCCUGUCUGUGGCGAAUCCCAAUCACGGCAGCCCACCGAGCCCAGCCUUACAUUGCCAGCCUGCUGCCCUGCCUCGAGCCUCAGUGCUUUUGGAAAAUUCCCAAGGCUGGAGUGGAGAAGGGCCGAGCUGCCCCGGCUGCCUCUCUCGGGUUCCCUCGUGCAACUCUGCAGACCAGGGGACAUCGGUCUUCCUAACCUCCUGCCUCUAGACACGGGCUAAGAGCAGCCGGGAGAAGGACGGAUUUCGCAUCAUGGAGAGGGUCCGGUGCCUACCGCUGCUUCUGGCUUUUAGCCUGGCCGCAAGUGCAAAUCCAAUUAAUGUUCAAGAUUGCACCCUUCAGCCACUCGGGCAGAAAGAGGGAGUCAAAGUGCUGUACUCAACCAGCAGGGUCCCCAGCGGUUGCAUGAGCCAGGGCGCUCCAGAAUCUGAUUGGGAAGUCCACGUCCUCUAUCUGCAAAGCAGCAGCGGGAGCGGAGUGUCCGAGCUGCACUUGAACGUGUCAUCAGCAGAAGGAAACAGCACGCAGCAGCGGAAAGUGGUGUUUGUGGUGAGCACCAAUUCCUUCUCCUUGGUAACUGUCCAUUCAGAGGAUCUGCCCCUCACCUUCGUCUAUAACCGUGAAAACGUCUUGCUUAGGAUGAACAACAGAGAAACCAACACAACCGAACUUCCUUCCUUUGCCAAUGGCGAGGAGCUCUUGAAGUGGGCCAAAUUAAAGUACGGGGGUGUUUCUUCCUUUGCCAAUGUAGGAAGCCCGCAGCAGAUCCACUUUCAAGUAGGCAAAGAGAUCGGUACUUCCAAGGACUGCAUCUCAGAGACGGAUUUCGAUGCUGGGCAGUACCUGGAGAUGGAUGUCAUCUCCUCAGAGGUCAAAAGCUGUCCUCAACCCAGCAAGCACCCCAGGAAAGAAGCACAUAUCGUGUGGCUCCAGCAGGACCACCAGGACUCUGGCAUGCAGGCCGUGGAGCUGAACAUGAAUGUGACUUGCGACAAAGGAGACCCUUUUAAGGAGCUCAAUGUGGUACUGGUGCUUAAAAGCCAGCACAACCUGCUGUGGAACAUCGGUUCAACGACCCACUCUACGCAGUUCUUGGUGUCUGGCAAGUACAGCCUAAAACACAUGAGCUCUGGGAUGAUUGAUGGCGAAGCCCUCCCUGAUAACCAAGAAGGCCUGAUCAGAAGGGCCCAUGACAGAGGCGUUGAUUUCAUUGCUUCCUAUACAGAGAUACCCUCCGCCAACCGCAUCACCCUAGAAGUAGUCCGUUGUGCAGAACAGCCGACGGAGGUGGUCACAACGCCGCAGGCCAGAAUUCAUCCACACAGCACAACCAGAUUGACCGAAAGCCUGCUGGACACCAUGAAGCCGUGGAGGUGCCUUGAGAACACCAUCGAAGUUGCCCUGGCCAAGCAAUACUUGCGUGUUUUAAAGGAUCCCAUCACUGCUGUAACUCUCCGGGACCCCCGCUGUGUGGCACAAGAUAACGUGACACAUUUUGUUCUGAGGAGUCUCUUGGAAGAUUGUUUCACACAAGUGGAGCGGGGAAUUCACGUCAGGAAUGAGCUCAUCGUGACCCUGGCUUCUCUGCAGCGAGUCACGGUACCAUUUAAGUGUGAUCUCCCAGAGAAGCUGUCUCUCCAGCUUUAUCCUACACCAGAAUUCGGAUUGCCCUCCACCACUCUGGAAGUCAACAAAGUGGCCUAUGUCCAGGUAUCGUUCAGGACAGCCAACGAAGAUUUGUCUCUGCAGCUCCAAGAAUGUUCCCUGAAAACCACCGGCAAGUUGUCCAUGCCGCUGAUCCACAACGGCGCCUCAACCAGUUCCUCUGUGGAGAUCUUGGAUGCUCCCUACAGCCCCCCUGGCGCAUGGAUCCAUCGCUUCCGAUUCAUCUACGAGGCGGAAGAUGGAGGGUGGUCCAGUUCGUCUGCCACUCUGGUCUGCCGGGUGUCUCUGAACCGCCAUGAUCCCAGCUCCUUUGAAAGCUCUUUGGAGGUGAAACUGAAGCACUCUGUACCGCCCAGUCCAGGUCUGGGGCUUGGCACUGUAGGUGGAAUAACUUUUGGGGCCUUUCUAAUUGGAGUCCUGCUCACUGCAGCGUUGUGGUACAUCUACUCCCACACACGUCCGCUGGCCAAGAUGCAGCCUGUCUCGUCGAACCCCCCCGCCUCCGAGAGCAGCAGCACCAACCACAGCAUCGGCAGCACACAGAGCACCCCCUGCUCUACCAGCAGCAUGGCAUAGCAACUUCAGGCUGGAGACCGGACAGGG